AUGUCCGCCUCAAUUCCAGAAACCAUGAAGGCCGUCGUCAUAGAAAAUGGAAAGGCCGUUGUCAAGCAGGAUAUCCCUAUUCCUGAAUUGGAAGAAGGCUUUGUUCUGAUCAAGACAGUUGCUGUUGCCGGUAACCCGACCGAUUGGAAACACAUCGACUACAAGAUUGGUCCUCAAGGUGCCCUCCUGGGUUGCGAUGCUGCCGGCCAAAUCGUGAAGUUGGGUCCAAACGUUGAUGCUGCACGGUUUGCCAUUGGUGACUACAUCUACGGGGUGAUUCACGGUGCCUCGGUGAGGUUCCCGACAAACGGUGCCUUUGCCGAAUAUUCUGCCAUCUCAUCUGAGAUUGCCUACAGGCCAGCAAAAGAAUUUAGGCUGUGUGGUAAAGAUAGCCUACCAGAAGGCCCUGUCAAGUCUUUGGAAGGCGCGGUCAGUCUCCCAGUCUCGUUGACCACCGCUGGUAUGGUCCUCACCCAUAGUUUUGGUUUGGACAUGGAGUGGGAACCCUCAAAACCACAAAGAGACCACCCCAUUUUAUUUUGGGGCGGUGCGACUGCCGUGGGCCAGAUUUUGAUUCAAUUAGCGAAAAAACUGCAUGGCUUUACAGAGAUCAUCGUUGUCGCUUCCCGCAAACAUGAAAAAUUAUUAAAGGACUACGGGGCCGAUGAACUCUUCGACUACCAUGACGCUGACGUUAUUGAACAGAUUAAAAAGAGGUACAACAACAUUCCCUACUUGGUGGACUGUGUCUCCAAUACGGAAACUAUCCAAGAAGUGUACAAAUGCGCUGCAGAGGAGUUGGACGCUACCGUCGUUCAAUUGACUACUCUAACCGACAAAAAUAUCAAAGAGGAAGAUAGGAGACAAAACGUUAGUAUCGAAGGGACCCUGCUGUAUUUGAUAGGAGGUAACGACGUCCCAUUCGGCACGUUUACUCUACCAGCUGACCCUGAAUACAAGGAGGCGGCCAUCAACUUCAUCGAAUUUAUCAAUCCAAAGGUCAAUGACGGUGAAAUCCAUCACAUUCCAGUCAGGGUUUACAAGAACGGGUUGGAUGAUAUCCCACAAUUACUCGACGACAUCAAGCACGGCAGAAACUCCGGUGAAAAGCUGGUCGCAGUCUUGAAGUAG